AUGUCAGACGCUAUCAACGGAAAUGGAAACGGUGCUGCUGAGAAUGCAGGUGAGAGCUCAAAAGCUGCUGGUGGUAUAGGGAUCGAUCCAGUAACGUAUAAUCAUUCGAUGAAUUUGACCAACUGGAUUUUCAACGUUGGAUAUUUACAUCAAGACUGGGCAGAUGUACAUCUAACAUUCUUUCAAAGUGGUUUGAAAGCUCAUCGAAUCGUCCUUGCUAGAAGUCCCUACUUGGCACAUCUAAUGAGAAACGUAGUUCCAGGAUCAACUAUACAUCUUAAUUUCGUAGAUGAGAAUAUUAAUCAGGAAUCGGUUCAUAUCGCAUUACAACAUCUUUAUAAUCCUUCACACAACCUCAUCAACCCUACCAACGCCCGAUCCAUCUUAGCUACCUCAUAUAUCUUCGGCGGUAUGCCCGAACUCAUCCACCACUCUUACGAACUCAUCAAAUCUUCCAUCGGGCCCCAAAAUAUCAUCGAUCUCAUCCAGUGGGUAUCACAAUCAGGUGAUAUACACUCCUCAUCUUCGGCCAAUGGGUUUCCAAAGACCGUUCCUAAUGGAAAUAUCAGCUCUGGUGAUAAUUGGUUAGAAGGUGAGAGUAGGUAUGGUGAAUGGACGAAUAGGUUGAAGGACGAUAUUGUAAAUUACCUCCUGCAUCAACUCCCUUCCUCCUACCCUCUUAGUUCGAUAACCACCCAACCUGAAAUAACAUCCAUCUUCUCUCAACUACCAUACGAACUCUUCAAACUAAUUUUGGAAUCUAAAGAAUUUCCAUUCGGAUCGAUGCAAGAGAGAUUCUCAUAUACCAAGAAGAUCAUCUCAUCAAGAAAGAAACAUUCACCCAGUGGACCGGGUGGAAUGGAAGAAAGUGUAGUAUUGGCUUUUAAAGGUUCGGAUCAAGGGAUGGAAAUUCAUAUUAGUAGGAAACCAAAGAAAUCAAGACAUCUUUGGAAAGUUGAAGGUUAA